AUGUAAAUUGUAAACACCACAGAAAUAACCAUUAACGUUAUUAUUGUAAUUUGUAAUAUUGUCAUUUGUCAGACAUUUGAUAAAGUGUUGAUUUUGUAUUUUUAUUUUGGACAUUUUAAUUUAAGUUCUUAUUCUAGUAAUAUGUUAUUAUUAUUAUUACUUAUGUCGAGUCAGUUGGUUAUAUUUUCAUAUUAAUAAAUUAUAGGUACACCGGUGACCCGACUAUCCGAGUACGGACGGCAACGAUAUUUUAUCGACAUUCGUAAUUCGUAAAUACUGGACCUUUAAAGUUUUUGUCUCUAACAAUAAUUACAAUUAUAACCAUGGACAACUUACGCAACGAAGUCAUUAUAAAAGUUAAAGAAGCAAUACGAGCAAAACUGAAAGAAAUGAAUGCAAAUAGCAGCGAUGAGAUAAUUGAUUAUAUUAUGCUGUUAGUUACUACUAAAAAAUCUAGCUCUGAAUUGGCUAAAAGUAUUGAUUUUGUGAUGGAGAGUAAUACAACUGUUUUUGUGAAAUGGUUGUCAACAAUUAUUAAAAAAUUGCAACAAGUGACUGUCAGUACAACGAAACAGAUUGUAUCAGAUAAUCUCCAAACUCCUGAAGAAAGUAUAACAACUGAUGAAAAAAGGGAAAGUGAUAAUAUUUCAAUCUGUGAAACGAGUGAUAUAAAGUUGAACAAUACCGUUGAAGUAAAAGAAGAACUUAAUUCAAGUGUUGACAAUGGAAAUAAUAUACAAACAUCUGGUAGAGAAAAACUUCAAAAUUGUUUACCUGAAUUAAAUGUAUCAAAGUCAGAAAAGUAUGAUGAGAAUACAAUAUCUUCACCGCCAGACAAAGUAAAACCAAAAAUAAGUUUUUCACCAACAGAAGCUAUUAAGAGUAAACAUAAUAUGCUGAUAAAUAAGAAAAGCACUGCUAAACCUUUACAAAAAAACCAUCCUACAAUUUUUAUUAAUCCUGAUGUUGUAUCAAAACAAAGUAUUAACAAUGAUAAUGAAACAGUUGAUAGUAAAAGAAAAAGGCCUCGAAUAUCUAUAAACAGUGACAAUGAAGAUGAGAAAACUGGCACAUCCAAAGCUAAACUUCCAAUUACUAGUAAAGAAACAACUAAACAGAUUGUAAAAGAGCUACCAAAGAAAAUUAACAAAAAAACCAUGUCUCAAGUUAUAGUUGUUAAAACUCAUUGCAAAAAUAACUUUAAUGAAACUAGAAAGAAACUAAAUAUGCAUGAUUUAAUUGCACAGCGAGUAGAUCACCAGCGUGGUGCUUUGGCCUUGGAUACUGCUUUCAAGUACAUUCAGCAACAAAUUGGUGCAUCAGAAAAAGAAAUUGCCGUUGUAAAAAAGUGGAGGGAUUAUGCUGUAGACAUGUUACGUCCCAACAAGAAUAAAUAAUAUUUUAUUUAUGAUUUUUUUUCAAAUGUUUGUAAUGAUAAAUUAUUUUAUUACUGAAAAUGAUUCCUUCCGAUAUUAGUUUCAUAGCAUUUGAGCUUUUAAGUCAAGAUUGUUUCCAAAAUAAGUAAAAACUACUUAAAACAUCUAUAAUAUUAGGACUAAUUACUGUUACAUCUAUUAGGUUAAAAGUGUACAAUGUAUUUAAUUAUUUAUUCUAAGUUAAAUAUCUGCAAGUAUUAAUAUACCAUUAGAUUAUGUUAU